CUGGUGGACGAGUUCCUGUUCCCCAGCCUACAGGCCGGGACCGUGUACGAAGAGCAGUAUCCGCUAGCCACCGCGCUGGGCCGUCCGCUCAUCGCCCGCUAUCUGGUUGAGGCGGCGCGCGAGCACGGCGCCUACGCCGUGGCCCACGGAUGCACGGGCAAGGGCAACGACCAGGUGCGCAUUGAGGUCGGAGUGAUGGCACUUGACCCCGAUCUGCAGGUCAUUGCGCCCAUCCGUGACUGGGGCAUGAGCCGCGACGACGAGAUCGAGUACGGCUUGGCGCGCAACCUGCCGAUCAAUACCCGGGCCAGCCGAUUCUCAACCGACGAGAACCUUUGGGGUCGCAGUGUGGAGGCAGGCGAACUGGAGGACCCAUGGCUCGAGCCGCCCGAGGACGCCUACCUUUGGACCAGGCCCGCGGCGGAAACGCCUGACGCACCUGCAUACCUCGAAAUCGGUUUCGAACGAGGUCUGCCCGUCGCUAUCAAUGGCGAGUCGAUCGGUGGGGUAGACCUGAUCAGCCACCUGAACGCUGUAGGCGGCGAACAUGGUAUUGGCCGGGUCGACCACGUCGAGAAUCGGCUGGUCGGCAUCAAGUCCCGCGAGAUCUACGAGUGCCCUGCGGCGAUCAUACUGCACGCCGCCCACAAGGCGCUGGAGACCAUGACCCUGAGCAAGGAGCAGGCGCGUACCAAGGCUCGAAUCGCCCAGGAAUACUCAGACGUAAUCUACAACGGCCUUUGGUACACCGCCCACCGAGCCGAUUUGGACGCCUACGUGCAGAGCACGCAGCGACAUGUCACCGGCGAGAUUCGAUUGCGGCUGCACAAGGGUGGCUGCACCGUUGUGGGCCGGCAGGCUCCGCAGGCGCUCUACAACUACGGCCUCGCCACCUACGAUCGGCAGGACCAGUUCGACCACGCCGCAGCCGCCGGAUUUAUCGGCAUCUACGGCCUGCCCGUUCGCACACAGAACCAGGCGCAGCCGGACUAG